AUGUCCUCUUGCCUCUAUGAUGCGGUUGCUGCCUCUACGUCAGUCCAAAUCCCUUUUGGUUUGUUUGCCCAUCACCUUCUUUUCACGCUUGCUGCAGAUCCUGCCUGCGCGGCGGUGGGUUGUGACUGGGAUGGCACCUGUGUGGUGGAUGAGAAGGGACAGCUUUCCUGCCUCUUCCCACCCUGUGGCGAAUGCCCCUCGGGAGCCACCUGCAAAACUGUGCGUGACGAGUUCAACAAUAACAAGCCCAUUCCUUACUGCGCUUGCGCUAAAGGCUAUGGGAUGACCAAGACCAAGUGUGUUAAGGGUGGCACUCCCACCGUCGCUUCAACCAGCUUCACACUCAUCGUAAAUCGACAUGCCUCUGGCGAAGCGUCGCUGCCCUAUACGUUUCGCCCCAACCUGAAUGCCUGCACUCAAUACCCGGAGGCAGUGCGUGGCAAGUACACGACAGUGUAUAAUGUCGAAAACAUCGGCGACGCUCCAAGAUGCCGGACUUACAAGUUUUUCUCAGAAGACAACUGUGCAGGCGAUCCUGUGACCGAGACCGACAAUUCAAACUCGCCGUUUUUUCUUUACUCCAUUGAGGACAACCCUGUACCUUUCUCCAAGUACGUGUUCCGUUCAGUCAUGUGCUCUACAUAG